AUGGCGACGAAAGAGUUGACACCGGAGGAGCAGCUGGCCCUCAUCAAGGUCAACUUGGGCGAGGUCAUGAGCGAGCACAUAAUAAAAAAGAUCGUGCUAGAGGAGAAGCGACCGCUGGUCAUCUACUGGGGCACAGCAACAACAGGAAGACCACACUGCGGCUACUUUGUGCCCAUUAUGAAGAUUGCUCAAUUUCUGCGGGCAGGCUGCAAAGUCAAGAUCCUGCUGGCUGAUGUUCAUGGCUUCCUCGACAAUCUGAAAGCGCCGAUCGAGCUUGUCAAAUACCGCGCCGAAUACUACAAAUUCAUCGUCCAGUCAUUACUGCGGGUGGUGGGCGUGAGUCUCGACAAGCUCGAAUUUGUUCUUGGUUCGUCCUACCAGUUGGGCGGUGAAUAUACAAUGGACCUAUUCCGGCUGAGCACUAUUGUUACAGAGCAUGAUGCGAAGAAGGCAGGUGCAGAAGUCGUCAAACAGGUGGACAAUGCAACACUUUCGGGCCUCAUCUAUCCUCUCAUGCAGUCGCUCGACGAGCAGUAUCUUGGUGUUGAUGCACAGUUUGGCGGUGUGGAUCAGCGCAAGAUCUUCGCUCUGGCUACAGAGUGUCUGAGCAAGAUUGGCUAUAAGCCUCGCGCACAUCUCAUGAAUCCUAUGGUGCCUGGUUUAGCCGGUGGAAAGAUGUCGGCUUCGGACCCGAACUCCAAGAUUGAUAUUCUCGACACAGCUGACGCCGUCAAGAAGAAGAUAAGAUCGGCCCACUGUGUCCCUAAGGAAGUCGAAGGCAAUGGCAUUUUGUCGUUUGUCGAGUAUGUGCUGAUGCCAUUGAGCGCUCUGCGCAGUGAGAACGGCCAAACUCGGUUCGUUAUCGAGCGAACUGAAGGCGACCCGCUGGUCUACACCAGCAUCGAGGCUAUGAAGGAAGAUUACAAGGCAGAUACGCUCAGUCCACAACUGCUCAAAGCAGGCGCCAGCGCGGCGUUGGUGGACUUGCUCGCUCCGAUUCAAGCAGAGUUUCAGGCGUCGCCAGAAUGGCAGGAGAUCGAGAAGAAGGCGUAUCCGCCAGCGGAACCUGCCAAGAAGAAGAAGCAGCCAAAGGACAAGGGCUCUCGCUACCCAGGUGGGGGUACUUGGGCUAAUGUUCAGCCUGAUGGCUCGAUCGUCGGCGAGAAUAAACAGCAAGUGGACGUCGCUGCGAGUGCCUCAGAAGCAAUGCAGAACCUGGCCGUCAAUGGUUCUAAGCCUUGA